AUGGCUGAUUACGACAACGAUAACGGCCGUUACGCCGACGAGCCCCGGUAUGACCGCGACCGCAGCGCCUCGCCUCGCGAUGAGCCCCGAGGUGAUCGCGGUGAUCGCGCUCGCAGCCGCUCCCCCAACGGCCGUCCCGACGACCGUGAUGAACGCCCCGGUCCCCUGCGUAAGGCUCACUUGCAAGAGGAAGAGGAAGAGGAAGGUGCCCUUAAUAGCGGCUCGAACCUGUUCGUCACUGGUAUCCACCCGCGCCUGACUGAAUCCGACAUUUCGCGUCUGUUCGAGAAGUACGGUGAUGUCGAGAACUGCUCUAUCAUGUUGGAUCCCCACACCAAGGAGUCCCGUGGCUUCGGCUUCGUCAACAUGGUCACCGCCGAGCAGGCCGAUGCAGCCAAGGAGGGUCUUCAGGGCGAGGUCAUCGAAGGCCGCACCUUGAGCAUCGAGAAGGCGCGUCGCAGUCGUCCUCAUGGCCCUGGUGCUCCCCGUGGCCCGCCCCGUCGUGGAGACCGCUACGAUGACCGCCGUGGUGCUGGUGGAGGUGGAGGCAACUGGCGUCGCCGCGAUGACGACUACUACCGCUCUGGUCGGUAUGACUCCUACAACGACCGCCGCGAUUACGGUCGCGAAUAUGGUCGUGGUGACUACCGCAGCCGUGAUUAUGGUGGUGGUGGUGGUGGUAGCGGUGGUAGCGGUGGUGGCCGUGACUACCGUCGCGAUUCUCGUGAGGACUAUGGCGGCUACCGUGGUGGUGGCAGCAGUGGUGGUCCCGACCGUUACGCUGAUCGUUACAGCCGUGAUGAUCGCCGUGGUGAUGACCGCCGUGGCGGAGGCGAAGAGUCUCGUGGCGGCUACUACGACCGUGAUGCCAACCCUCCCAGCUACGAAUCCGCUCCUCCCCGUGAGCCCCGUGCCCCUUACGCUGGUGGUGACAGUGCCGCUGCGGGUGCUGGCAGUGCUAGCGGUGGUCGUUCAUACGAGGGCCGUGGUGGUGAAGAUCGGUACGCUAGCAGGUAA